CUCCAUCUUAAAUCAAUCUCCAUUACACUACUCGAUCUUCUUUCCAUUUCUAGCCAAAGCGGCACGUUGUACGGAAUAUAACCUAGUAACUAUUGGUACAAUUCCAUUGAAUUCAUUGAUUUUCACUGCGUCUUAAAUUAUUUUUGAAAGGAAAUGAAGACUAAGAUAAUGGACAAGAAAGGAAAGAAGCGAUCGCUCAGCGAAAGCUCCGUUUCCGUAAAGCCGAAUCAAAAACAAGGAAAUGCGAAUGAACCUAACAAAAAUUCCAAAAAAAUGAAAUUUGUUAGUUCUGAGCAAAAUGGGAAUCUCAUGUUAGAAAAGAUGCAAAUUUCUAAAAUGGACAAACAGAAAAAAAAGAAUAAAAUAACGGACCAGCAGAAUAGUACCGUAAAACCAUUGGAAACAAAGAAAGAUACAAAAGGAAAGACAGAACUGACUACUGGUAAACUUGAGAGAAAAACUAUUGGAGAUAAAACUGGUUCAAGGAGGAAUAGGAAUUCAUUUAAGAUUUUAGACUCUAAAGAUUUGACUGUAGAAGAGAUGAUAAAAAAAGUAGAAGAAAUUAAGAGCAGAGAAGUCUUAUCAAGGAGAGCGAGAAGAACUUUGGGUAUACUUUACAAAAAAUUGAGAUUGAAAGGACAUAAUAUCGAACCAAGGAAUUUAAAUAAAACAGGAAAGAAGAAUAAUGAAAAAAUAGAACAUCAAGCAAAUGCAUUAGUGAAGAACAAACAGCAAGUUAAUAAGGAUGGAAACAAAAGAGAUAAGAUGGAAACAAAAAAGAAACCUGUUCAAAGCGCAAAAGAUAAGCUACAAGAAGACCUUAGUGAUGAAGAGGAAGAUGAUAGCGAUUCUGAGGUAGACGAUAAUGAUGUUGAAGGUGGCAACAAUGUUGAAGAAGAUGAUACCGAUGAAGAGGAAGAUGAGAGUGAUGAAGAGGAAGAUGACGACGACGAAGAUGAUGAGGAAGAUGAAGAUGAUGAAGAAGAGGAUGAAAAUGACGAAAAUAAAACAAAAAUUGAUGACGAGGAUGAAGAUGACGAAGAAGAUGAAGAGGAUGAAGAAGAUGUAGAAGAUGAAGAAGACGAAGAGGAUGAAAAAGAUGAAGAGGAAGAUGAAGAUGACGAAGAAGACGAAGAGGACGAAGAAGAGAGUGAAGAAGACAAAGAAGAAAAAAAAGAUGCAAAUAAAAAGGCAAACAUUUGGGAAAUAAAAAAGAAAGAAAUAGAACACAAGAAUAAACAACCUGCACAACCCACAAAUGAUCAGAAAAAAGGAGACGCAAAGAAGCGUCCUGUUCUUUUUGUGGGCAAUUUACCAUCAGAUAUAACUGAGGAUGAGAUCAAACGACAUUUCUUGACUAAAGUAAAUACAAUAACUAGCAUUAAAAUACCAACUAUGCCAGGUAAAACAGAAUCACGCGGCUUUGCAUAUGUGGAGAUGACAAAUCAUACUGAUUGUGAGAAAGGACUAUUGCUGAAUCAUACAUUCUUAAAGAAAAGGAAGAUAAAUGUUCAAUAUGCGUUACCGAUCGGUACAAAGGCACAUGCUAACAAGCAGUUCAUAGUUUCCAAGAAUAAAAAGUUCCAAGCGUUUCAGAAGGCAGGAAAAUUUGCUGGUGGGAAUCAAAAGCAGAAGCCAUUUCAAAAACAAAGGAAAUAAGACUCUGAAGAAUCGAAUUCAUAAUAAAAUAAAUAGAUUUAAUUAAUACAUUAUUUGUUAAUCAUUUGUUUUAAUCAUUUAAUAACUUUAUUAUGACUUCCACAAGAAAGCAAUUUUUAUGUCAAUGUAAGAACUACUUUAACAUAAAGAUACAUAUAGUUUUAUUUUCUAUGAUUACAUUUUUUUAUUCUC